GAUUAUGUAAAUGAUUGGAAAAUGAAGAAGGCACAAAACCCUCACCAGGCUUCUCUGUCAAUUCAAUUUUCCUUUUUUCUUCACCCAAAUUUGUGUUUCGUCGACCCUUUUCGCGAAAGUCCAGUCUUUGUUAUUCAGAAACAGAGACAUGCAAUUCACUGACAGUCCUCCUUCUCUGGUAUCCACCUGGCGGCGACAGGGAGGCUGUUACGGCCGUCUCUCUGAUUUCGAAUCUUCUUACCGGGAUUCACUCAAAGUCUCAAACAUGGACGUCCAUCUCGCAGUCAUCGAAGAACCUCUAUCAACGGCAAUGCUCUCGCUGGCGGAAUUCUCGCCUCCACGAAUUUCUUCCUCCUGCUCCUACGCUACGUGCCCUCUGUUUCCAGUAAUUCACGUUUGGUGGACUUCCUUAUUGCCAUGGGACUUCCUCGCCGCUGCUGCUUCAGGGUUCACAAUAGUGCAUAAUAGCACCAGUGAUCCAGUCCCUACUCAGUGUUCUUGUUGCAAAUCUUUAUAUGACGAUGGAGCCGCUGUCGAAGAAGAGGAGAGGAGAGUGCUCAGUGUAGCCAUCGCGGACAGUAGCAGCCGGAGAGUCCUCGACCAUAUGGAAUUCCAGACAUGAUUGGAGGCUUUGGAAAACGCUUGGACCAAUUUUUCUGGGUUGUACGAGGGAGAUUAGGAGAGUAUCGGAGGAGGAGGAGAACCGUGGAAUAGCCGGAGAUCCAAGGAAUCGUUGCGGGAGGGGUGGGCGGAGGAGAUUUCUCACUUCAAUUAGUUAUUAUCAUUAUUUUUUAUUUUUAUUUAUUGUGAAAAUGACAUGGUAAUUGAAAAGGAUAAAUUUUAUUAUUUUUU